AUGUCAAACUCUCUUCAAGAACUUCAUCGAUUGCUGGUUGAAAGUUUGAGAAGAGACAAUCAGACGAUUGAGAGUCUUCAAGUUUUCACUCAGAGAAGUAAUGCUGAACCAACUGUCCAGAAACAUCAAGUCAAAGUGAACCAAAACUUGAGUCUUGACGAACUGAUGGGAGCACUGAAGGAGUGUAUGACGGACUCCAUUGAGACGAUUAAUUGCAUUAUCGAGGAGAAAAAUGACAGCGAGAAUACAAUUGCUAUGAUCACCGACGAGGAACAAACUUAA